CUAUUAUAAAACUGAAUAAACAUGUCACACUGGGACACUAUUUGCAGGAUUUGAGUUGUUAGUGGGGAGAGAGAGGCAAAGAACUCUGAAGUGAUCUUUAAGAGGCUGUGACUGGUAUGCAGCUAUUUAAGACAAAACCUGCUGCACUUUGAAACCUGUUCUGAGUUGUUUGACCACAUUUGGAGAAAAAAAAAUACUGAUCAAAAAGACAGAGUGCAUUUGCAGGGGUCAUGUAAAGCAGAUAAAGGCAUAUCGAAGUUAACCUUGCUUAUCAAAUCUAGAGAUUUCACACUUGAAUUCAGAUCGCUGAACAAUGAGGUGCUCAUGAUAGGAGUCAGAUUUGUGCUGGUAGCUGUAUCACUGUCCAAGUUGUGGACUAUAACUCCCCCUAGUGUUCAAAUUACACACCUACUCACAGAUGAACUAGUAUAAAGGAAUUUGAUUUUCUGGCAUGCUCACUAGCGAUAAAAGUCGCGGUUACAUAACUAAAUGACACAGACCGCUGCAGACGAUGUUUAAUAUAUGCUAUGAAUUCCUUUUUUAGGCGACUGUCACUCACUGAUUAUCACGGAAAAGCCUUUUUUUGUGGAAUGCAGAGAGAUCCAUUGUUUUUGAUUAAUGUUAAAGAGUUAAUUCACCCAUAUGGGGUUCCUUUGCUUCAGAUAAGCCUUACAAAACUGGAGCGGAUCCGAAAUACUGAAAGUUAUGAACAGUGUGCAACAAAUCUACCACUAUACUCUACUGUUUUAUAUUUUUGUGUAGCUUAUUGCACAGGUAACCAUACGCAUUCUGUAUAAUAUGUGCUGGACAAACAGAAGUUAGUAUUAUCCUAGUCAUUUUCAUACUUGGAGCCUGUAAUGGGGGCCAAACGGUUCAGAUGUCCAGAGGGCUGCGUACUGAAGCAACCCUGAGCUCCUGCUCGUGUGACGAAACGAGCAUCAGUGGGACCGAGCCAACCACAGCCAGCGUCAUUUGCACUCUAGAAGACGCACACGACAGCAACGCUCGGUAGUUGCUGUUUGUUGCCUUUUCAAAGCCCGUGGCAGUCCCAGCGAGCAUCAGUUUGCGUCCACGGUGCUUAACCUAGAUCUGCUUAAAUGAGCUUACAUUAAGUGAAAACGGCAUGGACAUGCUGUGGAGGAAUAUGCUGGUGCGCAAAGGGAGUCUCCAUCCCCACAGAGUGGAGCUGGAUAUGUAGCCGGAGCUCCAGGGAUGCUCCAAGCAUACUGGACCUUGGAAGUUGUCAAACGAUUCUUGUCUUCAACCCCCCAGCAAAGCCUCAUAGAUGAUAUUUCUCUGCGCGACUUCAUGGAUUUGGUUCUCUGAGAACCAUCUGAAGAACAGACAUGGCAGUGUCAAAGAUGCUGUUCUCUGACGUGGAAAGUUUUCUGGACUCACAUCCCGAGUUAUUCGAGGAUUACCUGAACAGAAAGGGGAAUUAUGGCAUGGUGGAGAAAUGGCUCAAGAAUCACCAGGCGAGCAAAAGUCCAACGGCUUCAGCUCCAGCCGAGACAAGAGAGGAGAAGAGCAACCCGUGCAAGGACAGCUGGGCGAGCAAAUGUGACGGUUUGCAGCGGAGAGCGUCUCAGAAGGAGCUGCGUAAAACUUUCGCCAGAUCCAAGGCAAUCAACGUCAACAGGACAUACGACGAACAUGUUAAUUCCAGGGCGCAGGAGCCGCUGACGAGCAUGAGGAGGAGAGCACUGCUGAGGAAAGCGAGUUCUCUGCCCCCGACCACUGCGCACAUACUGAGCGCACUGCUGGAGUCCAGAGUCAACAUCCCCCAGUAUCCUUCCACAGCCGUGGAUUUUAAAUAUUACCUCAAAGAACACAACGAGCGAGAGUUUUUCCUGGAGCUUGUAAAAGACAUAUCAAACGACUUGGAUCUAACGAGUCUCAGCUACAAGAUCCUCGUGUUUGUUUGCAUUAUGGUGGAUGCAGACCGGUGCUCCUUGUUUUUAGUGGAGGGAACAGGCAACAAGCAAACGCUAGUGUCCAAAUUCUUUGACGUGCACGCAGGCACCACAGUUUUACCCUCAAUGAAUUCAGACGAAGUUCAAGUGCCGUGGGGGAAAGGGAUCAUUGGUUAUGUAGCCGAACACGGGGAGACAGUGAACAUCCCUGACGCUUAUCAGGAUCGUCGGUUCAGCGAUGAAAUUGACAAGCUGACAGGGUACAAAACCAAGUCACUGUUGUGCAUGCCCAUUCGCAACAGUGAUGGAGAGAUCAUUGGAGUUGCUCAGGCCAUUAACAAGAAUUCAAGUGGAGAGCUCUUCACUGAAGAUGAUGAGAAGGUGCUGCAGAUGUACCUGCCCUUCUGUGGCAUUGCAAUCUCCAACGCCCAGCUAUUUGCCGCCUCAAGGAAGGAGUAUGACAGGAGUCGGGCACUCCUGGAAGUAGUCAAUGACCUGUUUGAAGAACAGACUGACCUGGAGAAGAUUGUCAGGAAGAUCAUGCACCGUGCCCAGACGCUGCUUAAGUGCGAGCGCUGCUCUGUUCAGUUGCUGGAGGACAUUGAGUCACCGGUUGUGAAGUUCACCAAGUCGUUCGAGCUGCUCUCCCCUAAGUGUAGCGCAGACACCGAAAGCAGUUUCAAAGACAGCUUGGAGAAAUCAUCUUACUCAGACUGGCUCAUCAAUAACAGCAUUGCGGAGCUGGUGGCUUCCACAGGACUGCCUGUAAACAUUAGUGACGCCUAUCAGGAUCCUCGCUUUGAUGCUGAGGCAGACCAGUUCUCUGACUUCCAUAUCCGCUCAGUGCUUUGUGUCCCUAUAUGGAACAGCAACCACCAAAUUAUUGGUGUUGCCCAAGUGCUGAACAGGCUUGAUGGGAAACCCUUCGAUGAUGCAGACCAGCGUCUUUUUGAGGCAUUUGUGAUCUUUUGUGGACUGGGCAUCAACAACACCAUCAUGUACGACCAGGUGAAAAAGUCUUGGGCCAAGCAGUCGGUGGCUUUGGAUGUUCUGUCGUACCAUGCCACUUGCUCCAAGACUGAAGUUGACAAAUUCAAGGCUGCUAACAUCCCCCUGGUCUGCGAGCUGGGCAUCGACAAGCUCUCCUUUGAUGAUUUCUCUCUGGAUGUUGAUGCCAUGAUAACGGCAGCUUUGAGAAUGUUUAUGGAACUGGGAAUGGUGCAGAAAUUUAAGAUUGACUAUGAGACGCUGUGCAGAUGGCUGCUGACCGUCAGAAAAAACUACCGAAUGGUUCUCUAUCACAACUGGAGACACGCAUUCAACGUCUGCCAGUGCAUGUUUGCCAUGCUGACGACAGCAGGUUUCCAGGAGACUCUGACAGACGUGGAGAUCUUAGCCCUUAUUGUCGGAUGUGUGUGCCAUGACUUGGACCACAGGGGCACCAACAACGCUUUUCAAGCAAAGACGGGCUCAGCUCUCGCUCUGCUUUAUGGGACCUCUGCUACACUGGAACACCACCACUUCAACCAUGCUGUCAUGAUCCUGCAGAGCGAGGGUCACAAUAUCUUCUCCAACCUCUCGUCCACAGAGUACAGCGACCUCAUGCAGCUGCUGAAACAGUCAAUUCUGGCCACAGACCUCACACUUUACUUUGAGAAUAGAAACAUGUUCUUUGAGCUGGUCAGCAAUGGCGAGUACAACUGGAAUGUGAAGGCACAUAGAGACAUGUGCAGAUCCAUGAUGAUGACAGCAUGUGAUCUCGGUGCUGUCACUAAGCCCUGGGAAAUAUCACGAAAGGUGGCUGAGCUGGUGACGAGCGAGUUCUUUGAGCAGGGCGACAGAGAAAGACUGGAGCUGAAACUCACGCCCUCUGCCAUUUUUGACCGAAACAGGAAGGAUGAGUUGCCAGGGCUUCAGCUAGAAUGGAUUGAUGGAAUCUGCUCUCCGCUGUACGAGACUCUGGUCAAGUUGAAUCCCAAACUUCAGCCGAUGGUUGACAUGAUCAAAGCUAACAGGGCCAAAUGGGAGGAACUGAACAGGAAGAGACAACGCGGCCAGAGUGUUUCUGCACCCGCGAGCCCCUGCAGUGGUGACAGCACAGAAGCCAGUGGCUGCACUGUGGCCAAAACUGGCAGCACACCCUGCUGCAGUGGCAGUGCUGACGGAUCACCCUCUAAAGCAGCUAGUUAGCUUCUGCUGCCGAGCUUCUGAGCUGAUUUCCUAGGCUUAUUUCCUCCAAAAUGCAGUCUGCAAAAGAGGAAGUGCAGCGCAUGCAGAGAUUCAUGGGCUCUGCUCCUGUUCGCUUUUUGCUACUAGAGAUGAGCUUCAGACUUGAGUGUGGCGCUAUCAUAGAGGUUUUUCUGCUGCCUUCAGAUUCCCUGUGCUGAAGGGUGACAGAGCUGUGUUUGGCAAGCUUGUCAGAGCAGCUACAAAUCAGCCGAUGACACCACGUCAGAAAGGAAACUCAAACCACUGUGUCAACAUGUCAGCCAGUGAGCUAACACCAACAAUUCCACGGCAGUGUACAGAUUUUCAGCACAGGCAUGGAGAAUAUAGGAGAGGAAUAUUUGUCUCUGCUGUGGUUUGUUUUGCUUUUGGCACCCCCUUGUUGCUCAUUCUUUUUGUCCAGGGUAACAGAUUAUUGUUAUUUUUUGUAAAUCUGUAAAUAGGCUAUCGAGUUAUUGAAAAGAGUAAGGAUUGUAAUGUGGCUGUAGACUUUGUGAAGGCCUACGGGGUGCAGGAACAACAAGGACCUGUGACAGUGCUUGCAGUGCAAAUUGAAUUCCCACUCCCUCUCUUCCUGUGCCUUGUUUUAGGAUCCUAAUGAAACAUGCAUGGCCUCCGUGCUGAGGUUCUUAGAUAGUGUGUCGAACCACGCUGUGUUUUUUUGCCAUAAUUUGUAAAAACCAGUGACUGCAAUUAACGUCUUGACCCCCAUAAACUUAAAUAUAUAUUUGCCUAGUUUUAUAAAUGCAGGGCCUAACUUAUCACACGCAAACUUACACACAUACACACACACACACACACACACACACACACACACACACACACACACACACAAACGUGCCUUGAUGAAGCUGUUCUGAUAUUAUAUUAACUUCUGCAGGAAAUCUUAACAUCUACUAAUUUAACACUCGCAGCUGUUACCUAAAAAUAAAAUAUUCUUUAAUAUCAAAAGCCAUUGUUGGACAUUUUAAGAGCUGCCCUUUUUUGCUUAUAGCCAAUCAGUUUGAAAGGAAGAUCCUUACCACUCUUGUGGUUAUCUGUUGAAUCAGCAGGUGAUCAGAGCUUAGAUAGCAUAGAGACUGCAAACACAUGGAAGCAGAUAGCAUUGCUGUUUCUCAUUGUUUAUUGUCUGUAGCAGUUAAGGGUAUUUCCUAAAAUGUAAAACGUUUCAAUCUAAUUUCACAAAUGCUACCAGCGGUAUACUGCAUUUUAUUAAAAGAAAAUCUCUUGAGACAAUGACAUGUCACUUGUAGUCACAAACUUUUGUUUAAAUUAGAGCCCAGUCAUUAAUAUAUUGUUGGGACUUAAAUGAGAAAGUAAAAAUUUCCAUUACUGAUAUAUUGGGUGAUAUUCUUUGAAGAUAUUGACAUAUAAUAUGUUAGUUAAAUGUCAGUUAAAUAUUCAUUUUUAACAUCACUAAAUAUUUCAUAAAAUAGCAAAAAAUCUACUAUCACGACCCCACUUGACUCCACAGUUAGACUGUAUAUAAAGGAUGGACAGAGCCCUUGUUAAGCCACCCUUCAGUUAGUAAACUAAUGGGUGACUUAAGCCUUAAACGUAUUGUUUUAGUGAAACCAAGAAGAAGAAGAUCUGACUUUGAAACUGAGAGACGCCACACAGCCAGUUAUUUUUAUUAAAAUUAUCAUUAGAAUUUGACAGGAAGUGAGUCACAUGUUGUUAGCCAAUGACUGUGUGGUGUCCAGGGCAAUUUUCCUCUAGACAUCUAUACAACUGCAGCUCUUUUGACAGCCACUGCUGCCCCCUGCUGGUUAUUUAAAGAACUUCCACAUUGGCUUCUCCAUCUAUCUUUUAUGUACAGUCUAUACCCAGCUGUGAUGUAUACUCUUGUGCUCCUGCACAGUCCUGAGAGCUUUGGAGUUGGAGCCACCCUAUGGACAAACUAUGUGAUGACACCAUUUCUAAAUUAGGCUUAAAAUUGGACAUUAUUUAAAUUAUGAAACAAUUAUAAUAAGUAUUAUUUUGGGGUGGGGGGUUGCCUUAUGAGUUGUGUUGUAGCUUUUGUUAACUGGAGUUUUACAACGUGACUGUGCACAUUGUGUGGCAUGGAUCUGUGUGCUCUGUAUUUUAGUUGAAGAGCUAAACUGAAGUCAGCCAGAUUGUUUUUUGUUUUUUCUUUGUUUGUUUGUUUUGUUUUGUUUUUUUAAAUUGCAUGUCUUUAUGCAGUAUUAAAUUCAACCACUUGCUAAGGAUGUAGCAAAUAAGUGAGCCAAGAAAUACCUCGUACUUUCAUCAGUAAACAUUUUAUCUCAUGGGAAAUGCAUGACUUAAAUUCUAUUGCAUCAUGUUAUGUGAUUUACGUAUGAAUAUCACUGUUCUAUUUUCCAAUUAGGUCUCCGGGCAGGGCCAACUUCUACUCAUUUUUUCCCCGCAGUGUAAUGUGCUUUUUGUGUUUCUACUUUCUCCCAGUUUGGACUCUUGAUUUAUUCACUGCAGGCUAAACUGAAAGAAAACUUAGGCAUGGAAAGGCAAAUGAGCGAUGUUUCUGUUGAGAGUUUAAAUAAAAAGUGCUGCUACACGUG